AUGAAAAAUGGAUCGAUUAUUGCUAGAAGACCUGGUGACGUCGACCGCCGAGCACCGCCCGAACAAGGAGAGGCAUCGACAGUACCCCCCCCCGACGCGUGGCUCCAGCACCGCCCGAACAAGGAGAGGCAUCGACAGUACCCCCCCCGCGUGGCUCCAGCACCGCCCGAACAAGGAGAGGCAUUGACAGUACCCCCGACGCGUGGCUCCAGCACCGCCCGAACAAGGAGAGGCGUCGACAGUACCCCCCGACGCGUGGCUCCAGCACCGCCCGAACAAGGAGAGGCGCGACAGUACCCCCCCCGACGCGUGGCUCCAGCACCGCCCGAACAAGGAGAGGCAUCGACAGUACCCCCCGACGCGUGGCUCCAGCACCGCCCGAACAAGGAGAGGCAUCGACAGUACCCCCCGACGCGUGGCUCCAGCACCGCCCGAACAAGGAGAGGCAUCGACAGUACCCCCCCGACGCGUGGCUCCAGCACCGCCCGAACAAGGAGGCAUCGACAGUACCCCCCGACGCGUGGCUCCAGCACCGCCCAAACAAGGAGAGGCAUCGACAGUACCCCCGACGCGUGGCUCCAGCACCGCCCGAACAAGGAGAGGCAUCGACAGUACCCCCCCCCGACGCGUGGCUCCAGCACCGCCCGAACAAGGAGAGGCAUCGACAGUACCCCCCGACGCGUGGCUCCAGCACCGCCUGAACAAGGAGAGGCAUCGACAGUACCCCCCGACGCGUGGCUCCAGCACCGCCCGGACAAGGAGAGGCAUCGACAGUACCCCCCGACGCGUGGCUCCAGCACCGCCAGUACCCCCGACGCGUGGCUCCAGCACCGCCCGAACAAGGAGAGGCAUCGACAGUACCCCCCCGACGCGUGGCUCCAGCACCGCCUGAACAAGGAGAGGCAUCGACAGUACCCCCCGACGCGUGGCUCCAGCACCGCCCGAACAAGGAGAGGCAUCGACAGGGCUGGCUCAGCACCGCCCGAACAAGGAGAGGCAUCGACAGUACCCCCCCGACGCGUGGCUCCAGCACCGCCCGAACAAGGAGAGGCAUCGACAGUACCCCACCCCCCAAGUUAA